AUGCAACUAGAGGAGAUGGAGGAGCAUCCACCACCACCUUCUCCUCUACCGUCGGCGGACAGCAGGGCACGCGGCGGGAACGCCUUCAUGCUGAGGCUGCACAGGGCGGGGCUGAUGGAAGACACGUCCAGGUGCGUGAUGGACAUCUUGGAGGGGCGCGCGGCGGCAGCGCCGAACGCCGGGAGCAGCGAGGCCGCUCACUAUGGCACCGCCGUUGCUCCGACGGCGGCGCCGGCCGUUACGCUCGAGGAGGUAAAGGAGCACCUCCGGUCACUGCCGGAGAGGUACGCCCUAACCGUGAGCCCGGAGGACGUGCUAGAGCACAUGGCCCUCUUCGCGGCGGUGAGCGCCGCCGCUGCCGAAACCGCUACUCAGAAACACGCCUCCUCCUCCUCCUCUGACUCCGCCCAAGACGAGUCGCUGGGCGCAGAACCCCCGACGGUACGGGUGGUCGCCCGCCCGUCACCGCUGGCGUUGUCAUCGUCGCAUCCCGCGGUGGCGGGGGACGGUGAGGGGGGAAUGUCCUGCGGUUCGGGGCUAGCAGGCGUCGGCAGGGCGUACAGAUUGACGGUGGCUUGUCGUCAAAGCCCGCUGCUCCUCGGGGCUAUAUCUUCCUCGCUACGGUCUGCCGGAGCCUCUUGCCUCGACGUGGACGUGGUGUCCACAACAAGAACAACAGCAGUGACGCGCUCCUGCGGGUUAACAUUGGCACGCCUCGAGGUGCGGGUCAUCGGCGGACUGGGCCUGACUGCGGUGUCUAGCGCAGCGGCGGCGGCAGGAGCGGCGGCGGCAGGAGUGGGAGGAACCGCCGAGCCGUCAUCGGCGUCGGCGUCACGUCGGCGACAGCGGUCUUCAACCCAGAGGGGGGAAAUGGAGGAGGAGGAGGAGGAGGAGGGAGAGAUGUCCCGCCGCCUGGAAGAUUUGUUGUCGUCAACCAUUGCUGCCGCUCUCCUCUUGGCCGGGGGCGAGGGAGAGGGGCGGAGCGGGCAGGAGGAGGAGGAGGAGGAGGAGGAGGAGGAGGACGGGGCGGGGGAGAGGGAAGGAAAGGCCGACAUCGAGCUCCUCGAGCUGGCCGGGAAGGGCCGGUUCAGCCGCACGUACAGGGCGAGGUGGAGAGGGUCCACGGUCGCGGUCAAGACGCUGGAGCUUCCGCCGGAGGUGGAUCGAGAGCAAGAGGCGGCGGGUGCGGAAAUCGUCGGGGACGGCGGUGGCAGCAGGGCCGUCGUGGUGGCUGAGUUUGAGCGAGAGCUGCACAUCGUCAGCAACCUGAGGCACCCCAACGUGUGCGGCUUCCGGGGGGUUAGCGUGUCGCUGCCGCACCACCUGUCCCUGGUCUACGAUUUCCUGGACAACGGUACGCUCGGAGACCGGCUGCGGGAUACCGCCAGCGGCGGCGGCGGCAGCAGCGGCAGCUGCAGCUCUGUUCACGGAUGUGGUGGUGGUGGUGUUGGUGGCGAGCGAGAAUGGGGAUCAAGGAGGGGCCGAGGAAGCGAGCCGUUGAGACCAACGGAUCUUUUGAGGAUCGUUACGGACGUGGUGAACGGCAUGCUCUACCUGCACGAGUUGGGCGUGAUGCACCGCGACCUUAAGCCGGACAACAUCCUGCUCGACGCGGACGAUCGGGCUGUCAUCGCCGACUUUGGGCUGAGUCGGUUCAGCCACCCGACCAACGACCACACGGCUGAGACGGGCACGUACAGGUGGAUGGCGCCUGAAGUAAUCCGGCACGAGCCCUACAGCCAAGCCGCCGACGUCUACAGCUUCGGCGUCGUACUGUGGCAAAUCCUUGCGCGGAAGCAACCCUUCAAGGGUUUGACGCCGCUGCAGGCGGCGUUUUCGGUUGCCCGCCAGGGGCUGCGGCCGCAGAUCCCCCCCUCCGCGCCGCUGGCGGUGGCGAGGCUGAUUCGCCGCUGCUGGCAUCGGAGCCCCGACUCUCGCCCAAGCUUCUCCCAGAUCCGUUCCGAGCUCCCCGAGAUCGAGCGGCAGAUGCUGUCAUUGUGA